CUUAUUUUUUUGGAAUUUUUUAAUACCUUACAUAUUUCUGAGCAGCAAGAUAUUUAUUUACUGUAAUACAAGGCGCUUUUAAUGACUCAACUAUAUAAAGACUGAUUUUGAAACUUCAAGGAAAAAUAAGAUUGAUAUUUUGAUACAAGUUAAAGUAAUUGUUCAUAGUGCUAAUAUAACAAUAAAAAAUAAAAAUCAAGAUAAAAAAAUUCUGUCCUUUAGUUAAGUAGAUUCUAUUCUAGAUUAGAUAAUUGGAUAUAUUUUUCUUUUUGCUUAUAUAUUUUUAAAAAUUAUCAUUAAAAAAUUAAGUUAAUUUGGCCUAUAUUCUUGCAAUCUAAAAACAAAUUUGAUGCAAAUUGAAUUCUUUUACUAUAUACAUUUGCUACUUGAUUACUAUAAGUUGUGGUCAGGAAGUUUGAUAAAACAACCACAUCCUGAAUCAUAAGAAUAAUUCAAAGUGGAUACAUUCAAUUUAUCAGUAUUAAACAGUUCACAUUGUGUAUAACAGUUAUAUAUUAAUAUAAUUACUGCACAGUAAUACUACAGUACAAAAGCAAUACAAAUUCUUUAAAUUAGAAAAAAUAAAUGUAUAAUUACAAGUGUAAUACAAUUGUAUGUAAUAACUUAUACAACACGAUUAGUAUAUUUCUCUCUUUAUUUAAAAAAAAAACCAAAAAACAAAAAACCAGCAACGAUAGAAUAUGAUAUAGCCUUAAUCAAGAAGAAUACUCUACAGAAGAAUAAAAGUGAAAUUCAUGAACAAAGAUACAAUAACUACCAAACUUGCAAUGAAACAUAAAGAUUCUAUCGCUUUAAAGGAAAACAAAAUGUUUCGUGGAGAGAAGAAGGAGAUUUACAAACAGAUCAAACUGAAGAGAUGCGAGCACCUAUCGUUCCCUUGGUUAAUAUUUAGUGUGUUUUUGGUUUAUUGGUUCAUCUUGUGUCCUCUAAUUUGGGCUAUAUGCUACACAUUCAGACAUUGGUAUUCGUAUUGGCCUCUUCUCUUUUGGACAGUUGCAUUUCUAAUCUGGAUUGUGAUCAUGUGUGGAUUAAUAAUCUUUCGGAGGAGUUUACUAGCUAAACAAAAUCCUGAAAUUAACAUGAUCUCGAAAUAUGGAACAGAUAAUGUAGAGGAAUCUCUAAACGUCUACCAAAUAUCAUCUAAAGAUACAAAAUCUCUCGAGACAAAGAAGUUGAAUGAUUCGAACGAUCCAGAAUCUAAGAAAAAUAAUCGAGAAAAUUUCCUCAGGAAAGACCUGCCGCCUUUAGUGAUACACAAACAAAUAUCUGGUGAAAAUAUCGAAGAUAUCGGAGUCGUGCAUGUUGAAAAGGACGAGAAUGCUCAAUUAGACAUUGCCAGUAAUUAUGUUGAGAAAAGUCCCUUGCAAGAUUAUCUCAAGCUGGUGACAGUACUGUCUCCGGACGAGAUAAAAUCUCCGAAAACGCCGAUGUCGCCAAGAGAGCUGUUUUUCAUCGAUUUGAUUCGCGAAGCGGAAAAAGCCGAGAACGCGAAAUCGCUGGAGACAAAAACGCUGAAUUUCUUCUCAAGUGAAACGACUGAGGAUAAUACGAAGAAUAUGGAAAAUACAAAGGAAGAAAAAAAUACAAAAGAUGUAAAGCAUAGGAAAGAUGUAAAAGAUGCAAAGAAUGAAAAGGAUGAGAUAAAUGAAUCAAAGUCAAAAUGCGAGUCAAAUUACUUUGUAGCAGAUGUGGGCAGCCCAGUCAAUGAGAAAACGGAAGUUUUUCUUCAGAUUGAUCCAUGUGUGGACAAACAACUGGAAAAACCAAUGUUAAGAUUACAAUCCACUGAAGCAAAUUCGCUAAAAACCUUUAUUUCGCAAGAUAAUUAAAUUACUAAAUUACUAAAGACAAUUAAUUAUGAUAAUUAAUUAAAUAAAAAGAGAGAAAUAUAAUUUGAAAAAAGUUGAGGUUGAAGGAUAAAUUGCU